AUGGCUGAGCAGGCUGCCAGAUCGGAAGUGGCACCUGCGGCAAGCCUCCCUCAGCGCCAGCCUCCUCACCUCCAGACGGCAGGUGGUCACGCUGGAGGAGUUGGGUGGAGGAGUGCCCCGGACACGGAGUACCUGCAUUUCCAAGGCUGGAGCCUGGAUGACGACUACGCCUGCACCGUUGUCCGACAGAUGAGAUUGGAGGACUUGAGGGUCAUCAACCUCUCGGAGAAUCGGCUCACUGAGAAGUUUGUUCACUUCCUGGUGGAGGCCUCCCAGCGACGACAGCUGCGCCUGGAGAGCCUGCAGUUGGCCAAGAACCGGCUCGGGCAUCUCGGAGGGCACGCCCUGGCGAAGCUCCUGGAGACGAUGAAGUGCCCGCUGAAGCACUUCGACGUCUCGGACAACGCCCUGGGUGAUCCGGCGGCAGCCCAGAUCUGUGACUCCCUCCGGCAGGCGUGCCGCGGCACGCUGCGGGGCCUCAACUUGGCGAAGAACGCCUUGGGCCGCGGACGCCUGGGCCAGGCCCUCGGCGGCCUCAUCUCCUCCGCAGUGAAUCUCCAGUCCUUAGACCUGCAUUGGAACAAGAUCGACGCGGCGGAUGCCUUGCCCAUCUUCCUGGGCCUGAAGAACAACUGCCUGCGCCAGGGCCAACUCUGGCGACUGAACCUGGCCUGGAAUUGCAUCGGCGUGCGCUGCGUGUCUCCAGACUGCGGGUGCGAGCUUUGCGUGAACUGCACCAAGGCGGUGAAGAUGCUGGCCAAUGUCUUCUCCGACUGCGACACCUUGUUCCACCUGAACCUCUCCUUCAACUCCUUCAGCGCCACGGACUGCGCCGUCUUCGCGGAGGCCUUGGCGUCCAACCGCUCCCUCUUCGGGCUUCAUCUCACAGGCAACGAGGCCUACGUGGACGACAUCGGCAUGGUGCGGCCGCGCCUGGUGCACCAAGACGUGCCGCAGGAGAUGGAGGACCUGGUUCAGCGCGAGCGCGUGCGACGGCAGGUGGAUACUUGGGUUCGGCAUACCCCGCAGCAGCUGCGGCCUGAACGCCUGGGGCGGCUGGUGGAGGAGGUGAAGCUGGCGAACGAGCCGUUCAGCCCCUCCUUGCGCAGGGUCGAGAAGUCCGACGCCUUCUCUGAGAACGACUUGGGCCUUGAGAAGGCCUGGGUGGGCGCGCAGGCCAAGGUGGCGCCCUUCGCCCUGCAGGUGGAGGAGGUGAGUGCCACUGAAAGCUGCUGCUGGAUCUGCGAGAACUGGGUCGAGCAGGAGGUCUGCUACAUUCCAGGCUGGUCCGGGCCCGACGAGGCCCAAGAGGUCUUCGCCUACUUCAGUGUGGAUGGCUUCACAAGGCCCAGCCGCAUGACCCGCAGCCUGGAGCGCUUCUGGGCGCGGGACUUCCAGGUGGCGGAGUCGGAGCCGGCCCGCCGCCCCGUGCUGGAGAACGGCCGCCUGCUGUGUUUCCUGGGCAGCCGCAUGCUGCCACCCAGCUACGAACGCAUCCACGUGGUUUUUCAGGUGGACGGCGUGGUGCGAGUGGGGGAGCACCUGCCGAAGGCGGCUUUCUAUGCCCAAGUAGGCGCUGAUGAGAUCACGGAGGCCAACGAGAUCGACGUGCAGACCUCCGCGAGGAAGAUCUUCGAGGGUGAUGCCAUGGACUCGCUCUUCCUGCUGGAGGACCCGCGGCAGCGCCAGAACCUGAUGCCGCCCCGCACCCUCACGGAGGGCCGGAAGAAGCGCAGUUGGAGCUUCCAGCGCUCCGUGUUCAAGGACUACCGGAGAGACACAGAGGCCAGCAUCUCCGAGUGUUUUCAGAAGGACCUUGCGCUGACCAGGCUGGAUCGGCUGUGGAAGAAGCUGAAGGACCGCUGCUUCGACGUGCCUGCGGCGCUGAAGGUCCUGGAAUCCCACUACGAGUUCCUCGUGGCCGCCUAUUGCUUUGAGUCCAUCAUGGACUGCACGGGCCGCAGCUGCGGCCUCUCGCUCGCCGCCUUCUCGCGGCUGCUGUCCUCCGAGAGUGACGGAGCCGGAGAUCCGCCGGCCGGAGAUCCGCCCAGCGCGGCCAUGCUCGACACCUCCAGGCUUCCGAGGGCGCAGGAGGUGAUGAAGGCCAGGUCCCACGUGCCGGCGCAGCUGCAGAAGGAGCACCCCUUGAACCAAGGCUUUAGCUUUGCGAAGGCGGACGCCAUCUACACGGCGAUCCUCGUGGACGUGGAGCAUCUCAGCGCGAUGCCGGGCCUGCCGGCCGACGGCCUCGCGCGCUUCCAGUUCCUGGAGGUGCUGGUGAACUGCGCUUUGACGGAGCCCAGCGCCGGUCUGCCGGCGCUGCGCCAUUGGCUGCAGUGUCUGGGCCUGGGGCGCCGGGUGCUGAGCUGCAGGCCGGCAAGGCCUCAAGGCCUCGAAGCUGCUCAAGGGGUGUAG